GGCGCCAUGAACCUCUCGGGCCUUCCCUUGGCUCCCAACACCACCCUGGUUCCCUCAAACCCUUUGCCAGGAAGAGGGCUUUCCCUUUGGGAGGUAGUGUUGAUCAUUUUGGUGACAGCGAUCUUCUCCUUGGUCACCGUGGUGGGAAACCUUCUAGUGAUGGUCUCUUUCAAAGUCAACCGGGAGCUGAAGACCGUCAACAAUUACUUCCUGCUCAGCUUAGCGAGCGCUGACCUCAUCAUCGGUGCCAUCUCCAUGAACUUGUACACCACCUACAUCGUGAUGGGGCGGUGGGUCAUGGGCAGCGUGGCCUGCGACUUGUGGCUGGCCCUCGAUUACGUGGCCAGCAACGCCUCCGUCAUGAACCUUCUGGUCAUCAGCUUUGACCGCUACUUCUCCAUCACCCGUCCCCUCACCUACAGGGCCAAGCGGACCCCGAAGAGGGCGGCUGUGAUGAUCGGCCUGGCUUGGCUCAUCUCCUUCGUCCUGUGGGCGCCCGCCAUCGUGGUCUGCCACAACUUUGUUGGGGAGCGGCCAGUCGACGAAGGCCAGUGCCACAUCCAGUUCCUCUCCAUGCCUAUCAUAGCGGUCAUCACCGCCGUCGCCGCCUUUUACCUCCCCGUCACCAUAAUGGUGAUGCUCUACUGGAGAAUCUACCAGGAGACCCAGAAGAGAGCCAAGGAACUCUCAGGACUUCAGGGCUCAGAGUUCAAGAACCACCGUCGAGUUGCAUCUAAAAGACCCCAAAAUGGGGGCAGCGGAGGCAGCAGCAGCAGCAACUCAGAACCAUCGCACACCCUCACAUCUCCUCCACCCACGGUGGUCGUCACCCUGCAAUCCUGCUCUUUCUCCGAGCAGCGGACGGGGGGCAAUUGCUUAGACCAGAGUAGCAAUGGCAGCUGGAACACCACAGAGGAGGAAGAGGUGGAGGAGGCCUCUGCCGACUCCCUGACGUCGUCGGAAGGCGAGGAGGAUCAGCCCUUUCAAGUCCACACCAUUUGCUCCGCGGUCAUCCGCCUGCCCAUGAUCAACGCCGUCAUGCAGCCGCCACGGGCUGCACCAUGCCGAGAUCCCAAGGCAGCCACCGGAAGGGAAUGGGCAAAGGGACAGGUCCUCGUGACGAUCCCCAGACAACCCCCAGCAGUGGAUAAGAGACUCAGGAAAGCAGCGAGUCCGCCUCCCGUCACGGAGAAUACCCCGGCGAUGGCCAAGAGACACGUCUCAAGGAAGAGGAGGAGCCGGAUGUCCAAGCGGAAGACCCUCUCGGAGAGGAAAGCCGCCCGAACACUCUGCGCGAUCCUGUUGGCCUUCAUCAUCACGUGGACGCCGUACAAUAUCAUGGUGUUGGUGUGGACCUUCUGCAACAGAUGCAUCCCCAUGGGCGUUUGGGAACUGGGCUAUUGGCUUUGCUACGUCAACAGCACCGUCAACCCCAUGUGCUACGCCCUGUGCAACAGGUCCUUCCGGAACACCUUCCGGAGGUUAUUGCAGUGCCGCUGGGAUCAGCGUCGCUGA